AUGGACUCCAUGGAGAAAGAAAAUGACGCAUCACAACAGCCCAAUACACCUUCAGCCAAAGUAGAGUCUUCUAAACAAUCAACAACAACGACAACAACAGCUGCAACAAACACGUUUCCAUUACCCGACGACCAUGACACCUUCUUGACAGUGGGCGCAUUUCCUAGUCAACCAUCCGACAUUGUAUCAUGGCUCGACCCUACGCUCUCCAAUUUAACAGCUACACUUUCAGAACAGGGUGGAAAGGACAAUAUCAGCUUGCAGGACAUGCUUGAGGAAAAGCUACCCAAGGCACUCUAUGGCGAAUGGUAUCACAAUGUUGCUGUUCUCUUUGUCACUGCUCUCGUGGCGUUUCUUUUGGGCAAACUCAAGGUUGAGAUGGGUGCUGUUAUCGUUGGAUGCUUUGUCAUUGCGGUGUAUUAUCAGACCAGUAUGCAGCAAUAUCGAUACAACAAACGCAAUGAUUUACAGCGUGUGCUUGCCAAGACACAAAACGAAGCAGAUGAGGAACCUGUGGAAUGGAUGAAUGGAUUCCUACAAAAGUUCUGGCUCGUCUUUGAACCUGCUCUUUGUAUGCUUAUUCUCGAGAACCUCGACACUGUCAUUGGUGAUUACUUGCCCAGCUUUGUCGAAUCCGUACGCCUAACAACACUCACAUUGGGAACAAAGCCAUUUCGAAUCGAGAGCGUAAAAACCUAUCUCAAUCAAGAUGCUGAUACGGUGUGUAUGGAUUGGCGAGUAUCCUUUAUCCCCAAUGAUUUGCAUGAUCUCACGACUAUCGAGCGAGAACCUUUGGUGAAUCCCAAGAUUGUUAUCAACAUCCAUCUCAUCAAGGGAAUUGUGAUUCCUGUGCAAUUGGAGGAUAUCUCUUUUAAGGGCAAGAUGCGCGUCAAGAUCAGAUUCAUGAACAAGUUCCCCUACGCCAAAGUAUUCGAUGCCAGCUUCCUCGACAAGCCUGAUUUCGACUACAAUUUACGUCCUCUCGGCACAGAUUCCCUUGGUUUCGAUGUCAAUGUGAUUCCAGGCUUAUCAGAAUUUGUUCGCGAUCAAGCUCAUGCCAUCUUGGGUCCUAUGAUGUAUGCUCCCAAUUCGUUUACAUUUGAUGUGGAGCAAUUCUUUGCAGGGGAGAUGGAUAUAUCCCAAGCCAAUGGUAUCCUUGCCGUCAAGAUCCAAUCCACUUCGAAUCUCGACAAGGUUAACGCAAACGGUGGCCCAUUUGUCAGCAGACCCAAAUCAACAUUGAAUCCAUACAUGCGUUUCUUUGUCGACAAUACCAUGGAGCUAGGUCGUUCGAGUGUUCAAAACAACACCUUCCAGCCGGAAUGGAAUGAGACGCACUUUUUGUUGCUCAACAAUUUAAAUGGUCAGCUGUGCUUGGAAAUGAACAACAAGGGCGCCAAGGAGAAUGGUGAUGAUGAUGAACGUGUUGCAACGGCAUACUUUGAUUUACGCGAAUUGGAUGAUGAAGAUCGAAAUGAACAAGAAGGACUUGAUCUCGCAUUGUUACACAAAGGCAACAUGAUCGGUGAUAUCAAGGUCGAUAUGCGCUAUUUUGCUGUCUCAAAGCCUGUCAAACAUGAAGAUGGCACUGUGGAUCCUGCUCCAGAAUCAAAUUCUGCAGUUUUACGAUUGACCGUACACGAGUGCCAGGGUCUUGUGGGACCACCCAGAUUGAGUCCAUUUGUGCGUGUGAUGGUGAAUGGAAAACAAAUCCUGAGGACGUCCGUAGCAUGGCACAAGACCAACCCACAUUAUGAAUCAUCGGGCGAGACUGUUGUUCUUGACAAGAGUGAAGUAUUUGUCCGAGUAGAAGUCAAGGAUUGGCGUAAGGUGCAUGAUGAUACAUUGCUUGGCGUAUGGACGGCACCUUUGAGCGAGAUUCUCGAGCAACAAGAAAUGAACGAGGGUUGGUGGACCAUGACCAUGGAUGAUAAGCCCAUUGGCAACUUGCGUUUCAGUGCACAGUGGAAACCCGUUAUCAUGCGAGGCUUGACUCAGGAAAGUGGACACAGCUACGACACCCCUGCCAUUGGUGUCAUGCGAUUUACGUUUUGGCAAGCUCGUGACUUACGCAACGUGGAAAAUGUUGGCAAAUCGGAUCCCUAUGUGCGUGUGCUUUCUGGAUUUCAAGUGCGAGAGAGGACUUCAGUCAUUGACAACAACUUGGAUCCGGAAUGGGGUGAGACACUCUAUGUGCCAGUACAUUCUACAAAGGAAGAUUUGGUGCUUGAAGUCAUGGAUUGGAACGCCAAAUCACGCGACAAGUCUCUGGGUAUGAUUGAAUUCAGCACCAAGGACAUGGUUCAACUUUGUGUGGGCGAUCAAAGCGAAAAUCCAGAUCGAUGGUAUGAAUCCACCGGCAAAAAGAUUGAUCAAUGGGAGCAAUUACGUACAACGGAUCGUCGUGGUGGCAAGGGUGAACUUCGAUACACAGCUGAAUUCCUUCCAACCUUGGCAUUGCCUAAGCCUAGGCCCAUUUCGCAAACUCCUGAAUCGAGCCAAGAACAAAAUGAUACCCAGACGUCAUCCGAUGAUAUCGGCACAAAGCAGCAAGGCGGCGAGGAAGAGUUAUCUGUUUUGGAUUUACAUGGAUCACCUAUCAAGUAUACGCCCGAUGGAUUGGUUGAUAUGGCAUCCUAUUCAAGUGGUGUGCUGCGUGUCAAGAUACACGAGGUUGAGCUUCCCCAGAGGAAUUAUGCCUACUGUCAGCUUGUAGCGGAUGCUUUGUUGCCACAAUGGAAAUCAUCCAAGCUCAAGGGCAGAAAGCUCGAAUUCAAUGAGACAGCCGACGUGUUUAUUAAGGAGGCGGAUAUUUCACGCAUUGCUAUCGAAGUCAGGCCUGCUAUUGCUGAUGAAAAAGAUGAUCGCAAAUUCGGUUAUUGGGUUGAUAAUGUCAAGGGUAUUGUUCGCCACAUCCAAAACAAGCGACGUUCUACUGGAAAUGAAGAAACGCUUGAUGACGGCAAGUGGUUCAGUCUAUAUGGAGAAGGCGGUGGUCGUAUCAGGCUGGGCUUUGAUUAUAUCCCCAUGAGUUCGUUUAUCCUUAACCCUGACGAGAGCAUUGAUAACCAAGGCAAUCUCACUGUGACCUUGAUGCGUGCAAAGGAUCUCAUGGCGGCUGAUAAAUCAGGCACAAGUGACCCUUAUGUCGUGUUUACAGUAAAUGGUGAACGAGUACACAAGAGCUCGGUCGUUAAAAAGACUCUUAACCCUGUGUGGAAGAAUGAGCAAUUCUCUGUGCCUAUUCAAUCACGAGUGACAGCUAGUUUCCGCAUUGAAGUCUUUGAUUGGAACCAGAUUCAGGGUGAUGAGCCAAUUGGAUCUGGUGGAAUUACGUUGCGUGGCGACAUGGUUGAAAGCUUCAUGGCUAAGACCGUGAGUAUACCCUUGGAUGGCGUUGCAGGUGUUAGCGGUGAUGUGAUUGUGCGAUUUUUAUGGCAACCACAACUGCUUGUGAAACGACGAACACAAACAUCCGUGCUCGGGACUACCAGAAUUGGCACCAAUCUCAGCAUGUCAUCGACAUCCAGUGGCGAAAUGGGUCCAUCAGCAUCACGAUCCAGGACAAGUCUGUUUAGUGAUAGCGGACACAGCCGAGCGGACUCUGAUCAUGGUUCAUUGUCAACAAUGAAUGACUCCAUGGAGCUAAGCGAUGCAAGUGGAAUGCCCGCCAUGAUUUCGGUGCAACUUGUUGAGGCGCGAGGAUUACGUGCAGUGGAUAGAAAUGGCACCAGCGAUCCCUAUGUACGCGUACGAGUAGGCAAGCAUAUUGUACACAAGUCCAAGACGAUUACAAAGACGUUGGCACCCACAUGGAACGAAACAUUCGCCAUCAAUGUGCCUGCAGAGCCAACAGCAGUAUCCUUCAAGCUCAAAGAUUACAAUCGAUUCAGCCGAGCUGUAGAUUUAGGCGAGUGCCGAUGGAAUAUUUGGGAUCUUGUGUCGCCAGAGCACAGGCGGGCUGAUCAAUGGUUACCACUGAGCCCAAUGGGUAGCGGUGAGCUGCAUGUAAUUCUUGAACUUUCGCCCCAAUGA